GUGAUUUCAAAGCCGUCAGAGGAAAUUGAAAAACGUUGCAAUGAGAGCUCUGGUGUCCUGCGAUCUAAACUAUUGAGUGUAACUUUCUCUUGGAGUAUAUUUUUUUUUGCAUUUUAACGGAAUGAACAGUUGUGGAAUGAAAAAGAGAGGAGUUCAAAUGGGCUGAAGCAAACUGGAUUAUUUACCCAGUUUAUUUCAAUCUACAUACUUCAAGAUGAAUAGCAGCAAUAAAUUGUCUCAGUCAAGUGCCAUAAGAGCAGAGGUAAAACGGCAUGAAUCCGUUCAGAAUACAAUCAACAAACUGUUUAAGCAGUUUGAGAGGGUUGGUGAUCAGCAGCUCCGCUCUGGCCUUAAGGUUUACCUCCACAGUAUUCAAGCAGCGGCUUGUGCAAAUAGUCAAGAGUGGACCCUGAGUCGAUCCAUCCCUGAGCUCCGUGUGGGGGUGCUGGGAAGUCUUCGAAGUGGCAGGUCAGCGCUGAUAAACAGAUACAUAACAGGCAGUUAUCUUCCACUAGAGAAGAUUGAAGGGGGGAGAUAUAAGAAGGAGGUAUUGGUAGAUGGACAGAGUCAUCUAUUGCUAAUCAGAGAGGAGGCAGUUACUCCUGAUGCACAGUUCAGCAACUGGGUAGAUGCAGUGGUCCUUGUGUUCAGUCUGGAGAAUGAGGCCAGCUUCCAGGAUGUGUACCAGCUGUACAGCCAGCUCAACACACACCGCAGCCGUGCUGACAUCCCACUUGUUGUGGUUGGGACACAAGACAAAAUCAGCAGUACCAACCCACGUGUGAUUGAGGACAUGCGUGCCAGGCAGCUAUGUGUUGAUGUGAGGCACUGUGUGUUCUAUGAGACCUGUGCCACCUAUGGGCUCAACAUAGACCGGGUUUUUCAGGAGGCUGCCCAGAAAAUAGUCACACAGAAGAAACAGUCUGCAUUCCUGGCCUCCUGCAAGUCUCUUCCUAACUCCCCCAGUCACUCUGGGGGCUCCACAUCGGGGUCAGCAUCCUUCCCUGGACAGGCCAGUAAUGGAGGACUGAAUAGUGGCUACCCCUCCUCCCUACCCUCCACCCCUGUGAUCAGCCACAGAGAGCUGCGGGGCGGGGCAGGGGCGGUGGCAGCGGUAGAGGGGGGUGGCAGUAUCACCUCCUCAGGGUCCAUGAGAAACAUCCCUCAACGGCGGACGUCUCUGUUCAAGAACCGUCGAGGCAGUGGCAGUGAAAAGACUGUUGACCCUAAAGGUGAAGUGGGCAGUGGCCGGGCCAUCGCUAUCAAACAGAGUAUCCUGUCAAAGCGGAGUGGGAGCUCACUGAACAAAGAGUGGAAGAAGAAAUAUGUCACUCUGUCCAACAACGGCUCACUGGUCUAUCACCCCAGCCACAAUGACUAUAUACAGAAUUCUCACGCUAAAGAGAUCGACCUACUGCGUGUCACAGUGAAGGUUCCAGGGAAACGCCCACCAAGGGCAGUCCCCCCUUAUGGGCCCUUCCCUGGCCUGAACGGUGUGGCCAAGGAUGCUGCACCCACAGAGAGCGCCAGUGCCCCAUUAUUACCACCAAGCCUUGUGCCUGUUGAAGAACAGCCUGGUGCAUUGUCUUCUCCCAGAGAUAGAGGAGUAAAACGUUGUCCAUCAACACUGUCCAGCAAGUCACAUAGUGCUGAUGCUAUUGAAGGAGCAACCAGUCCCCCUUUUGGAAAAGAUGGUCAAUCCUCUCCAAUGAUGGACAAAAGGAAGAAAACAAGGAAGAAGAGUAUGAACCAGAAAGGCGACACAGCUAUUGGACAGGCUGAAGAUGAGGAGAAUACUGGCUUCAUCAUCGUGUCCAGCACCGGACAGACGUGGCACUUUGAGGCCCAGAGUCUGGAGGACAGAGAUGCCUGGGUGACGGCCAUAGAGAGCCAGAUACUAUCCAGCCUGCAAUCCUGUGAGAGCCUCAGGAACAAGGCACGGAGGAGCAGCCAGAGUGAGGCGGUGGCCAUACAGGCCAUUCGCAAUGCCAAGGGCAACAGCUUCUGUGUGGACUGUGAAGCACCAAACCCCACUUGGGCCAGCCUCAACCUGGGGGCGUUGAUCUGCAUUGAGUGUUCAGGGAUCCACCGUAAUCUUGGGACACACCUGUCCCGCGUCCGCUCUCUGGACCUGGAUGACUGGCCCAGGGAGCUGACACAGGUCCUGACUGCCAUCGGCAACCACUUGGCCAAUAGCAUCUGGGAAUGCCACACCCAGGGCAGACACAAACCUACACCCAACUCCACACGAGAGGAGAGAGAAUCAUGGAUCCGUGCAAAAUACGAGCAGCGUGUGUUUGUGGCACCCCUGCCUGCUCCAAGCCCCACAGGCCCAGCGGACACUGCGAUGUCUGUGUGCCUGCUCUCCGCGGUGACAGAGAGGGAUUUGCCCAGGCUCCUACUGCUCCUGGCCCACAGCAACAAGGAGCAGAUCAACACUGCCCUGGCCAACGGAGGAACACCCUCACAGCCACAGCCUCACACCUCCCUGCACGCUGCCUGUCAGCUGGGUGAUGUCGUAAUGACACAGCUGCUAGUCUGGUAUGGAAGUGAUGUGAAGGCCAGGGAUCCUCAGGGCCGGACAGCCAUGACCAUGGCUAGAAAAACUGGGAGCAAAGAGUGUGCUGACAUCCUCCUGCAACAUGGCUGCCCUAACGAGGUCUCACCUAAUUGACCCACACUUGGUGUCUCCCGUAGACUUAGCACUUCCAGCCUCAGCAGCCUGGCUCAUACCAAUUCCAGGAAGAGGGUUUCGUAUCUUUAACGGCCAUGGUAGCACACAAAGGCUGGUGAAAAAAGCUUCUAUGGAUGUGGUUUUGAAAGUGAGGAAGGUAACAAGAAUAUAAAGAAAGUACUCCACUUACAAAAGUAAAGCACAGAAAGAGAACAUAUCAAGCAACUAAAAAAGCAAUAUUCAUUCAAUUUUUAAAGGCAAAUAUAUUGCUGAAAUUGUCAAUGGUUGUCUGUUUACAAAUACAAAACAAAUGAGAAAAUAUGUGGGUUAAAUCUGUAACAAACUAUAUCUGUUUAGAUAAUACAUUUGCCUGUUUUACAAUAUUGAGAAGUCAUACUGACAUACAAUGACCGAUUAUAAUGAUUUUCAAAUCAAAUCAAAUCAGUAAUAUAUACUGUACUUUUAUGUAAUUCUGCCUGCUGGAACAUCUAAGACUUGUUUGUAGCCAUGCAGGGUAACAUUUACAAUUCAACAAAAUUGACUGCAAUUGUUUUCUUUGAUUUUCAGAGUACUUUAUCAAUAGACCAUAGGAUUUUAUCUGACUGUAUACUUUCAACCAUUUUCUGUUUGUUAUUUGUUACAAUGUAUCUAUUUGUCAUCUAUUUUUCUCACUGUUUCUAUUUGAAACUUUAUGAACCGUAAGUAAAAUAAAUAAAAUAUCUCCAAAAGUC